CACUGCUGCAGUUGCUAAGCUGAAAUGACGGUGCUAAGGCAAGAAUCCACACCAGCCCUGAGCAGAGCCUGCAGUAUGGGUGGUGACUAUAUGUUGGGAGAAAGGACCAGCAAGAAGUUCACAGAGCACAGCAAAGUCUUUACAGUAGAGGGGAAUCUGUCUUCUGGGAAGGGCCAGCUGGCCCAGCAAAUAGCAGACAAACUGGGGAUGAAGUACUUCCCCGAGGCAGACAUCCACUACCAGGACAGGAUCUCGGGGGAGGGCAAGCUGCUGCCUGAGAAGUUCAAUGGCUUCUGUAGCCUGGAGAAGUUCUACGCGGACCCCGAGUCUCCCGACGGGCACUCGUACCGCCUGCAGUCCUGGAUCUUCGGGAGCCGAGUCCUGCAGUACGCCGACGCCUUGGAGCACCUGCUCAGCACAGGUCAAGGCGUGGUGCUGGAGCGCUCUCCCUACAGUGACUUCGUGUUCCUGGAUGCCAUGUUAAAGCAGGGAUAUGUCCACAAGAGAUGUGAGUUCCUGCCAGCAAAAGGAAGCUGUUUGGCUAUAGUCUCUCAGAAGUCUGGUAGUUUACUUUUGUUCCUUUUGGAGUGGUGGGGGGAGGACGGGUACAGCAGUUUCAUGGGGGAAUUCAAUUUCUGUGUUCUUUGCAAUGAGAGCAGUGAAGUUCUGCAGUACACAGCAACUGCAGCUGAGGAUGUGGAGAAGGUAAUUGAAGACAUCGAGUACCUGAAGUUUGACAAGAGGCCAUGGGUGGAGCAAGAUGAUGUUUCUUUCCAUCACUUGAGACUUUACUUGCAGGACAAGGCUGGAGUGCUGGAUUCCGUGUCCAUCCCACGCUUCGUCCCCGAGAUCACCAUUGGUGGCUCUGAGUACGACAAAGAUCUAUUAUGAGUACCGGGAGAUGUGGACUAAAGGAUAAAUGGUUUUUA